AUGUCCCACCUCCAAUACUUCGACUACCCCAACUUCGGCACCCGCACAAAGAAAGACUUCAACGCCUCCCAGGUCGUCCGCAUCCCCAACUUCAUCGAGCUCUCGGGACAAGGCGGCUGGGAUCCUGAGACGGAAGAGUUCCCCGUCAAGCUGGAGGAGGAGAUCGAGCAGGCGUUUAGUAAUGUACAACUCGCGCUUACGACGGCGGGUGGGAAGGGCUGGGAACGCGUGUACAAGGUUCGGAUGUAUAUCAAUGUGAGGGGGGAUGAGGGGUGGACGGAGUUCGGGCAGCAUGUAGCUAGGAAUAUGAAGAAGUGGUGUCCGGUAGGUCUUGCGGGGGUUUCUAGUCAUGAAUAA